AUGGGACCCUCGCUCUUUUCGCUGUCUGCGGCGGCCGCCCUGCCGCAGUGGCUCGGCGUCGGCAUCAGGGACGUGGCGCCGGGGCCGGUCGCUGAGAUGAACCUGACUGCGAGCCUGCCGAGCUGCGCUGUUCCGUGUCUGGCCUCCACCGCCGCGAAUGCGACGUGCAACGCAACGGACCUCGCUUGCGUAUGCUCCAACAAUGCGCUCCAAGAUGCCGCGAGGCAUUGCUUUCACGCCAAAUGUUCAUUUUCCGAUACUCUGACGUCCAUAAAUGUCACUCACACGGCGUGCGGCGCGCCCGUGCGGGACAAGACGGCGAAGUGGAACCAAACCAUCAUCCCUCUUGGUGUCGUCACCAUCGUCAUCGUCGUAAUACGACUCGUCUUCAAGCGAUUCUUCAGCGCGACCUCGCGGCUCGGCUCGGACGACUGGGCGAUCACGGGAACCCUGGCCAUAUGCAUCGCCGGCAUGGUCAUUGGCAUCGACGGCCUGACAGCCAACGGCAUGGGCAAAGACGUCUGGACCCUGACGACAAACGAAAUCUCUAAUGUCGCCCUGUACCUCUAUAUCCUGGAGAUACUCUACUUUGCCGGCAUGUCGCUCAUCAAGCUCAGCCUCUCGCUGUUCUACCUGCACAUAUUCUCAGGGCCCAUAAUACGGAAACUGCUCUGGGCCACCGUCGUGUUCAACGUCUUGUAUGGCUUCACCUUUGUCAUUGCGGCAAUCUUCCAGUGCUCGCCCAUCGACUAUUACUGGCGGCGGUACCUCGACGCAGGGCACGGCUCGUGCGUCAACAUCAACAUCUUCGGCUGGCUGAACGCGGCCAUCGGCGUCGCUAUCGACCUGUGGAUGAUUGGUCUUCCGCUCAGCCAGGUGAUUCCACUGCGGCUGCACUGGAAGAAGAAGAUUGGCGUGGCUAUCAUGUUUCUGCUGGGCACAUUCGUCACGGUCGUGUCGAUUCUGCGGUUGCAGUCGCUCAUCCUGUUCGCCAACUCAAACAACCCGACGUGGGACCAAUGGGCGACGGCGUAUUGGUCCGUCAUCGAAGUCAACACGGGCAUGAUUUGCACGUGCCUGCCGUCGCUCAGACUCAUCCUGGUCCGAAUGUUCCCCAGGAUAUUCGGCUCGUCGAAGCAAGCGACAUACGAAAAGGGCAAUAGAGAGCCAGCAAGUAAGGCCGGACACAAUGUCGCAGUCGACUUGCAAGAAAAUGAAUGGCACGCUCCUCACGAUGGCGAGCACGAGCGCAUGACGCAAGACCGGAUCUGGGGGACAUGA